CUCGCGCACGCGGCGGCGGAAGAUCAGGGUCCCGGCCAUGGCAGUGCAGGACCCUCCCCCCCGGCACAGCAUCGACAUCAACAACCCCAACGAGAAAAUCAAGGAUUUCCCAUUGCCAAGCCUUGGCCUGAUGGAGGAGGAGGAGGCCGUGAGGAAGAGGAAGAUGGCCUGGGAGCUACAGACAGACAUGAAGCUGAGCACGGAGACCAGGGAGGACAAAUCCCCGUGGCAGAACCUCAUGGAAGAGGCCGUUUGCAGUGGCUCCACGGGGCAGGAAUCUAAUGGGGAGGAAAAGCCGUUGAGAUCCCGCACGAGGAGGGGCUGCAAACGCAGAUCACAGGGAUCUGAGGAGGAAAGACCCAGCCUGGGCCAGGCAGGAAGCCGGAGAUGGAGCCAGAGCUCAGACCUGGGUCAUGAGCAGCUUCGUGAUGAGGAGAAGCCCCACAAGUGCUCGGAGUGUGGGAUGAGCUUCAGAUGGAGAUCCAGCCUGAUCUACCACCAAAGGAUCCACACUGGGGAGAGGCCCUAUGAGUGUGGGGAGUGUGGUAAGAGGUUUCAGACCAGCUCCUCUCUCCUCCUGCACCAGCGCACGCACACAGAUGAGAGGCCCUUCCGCUGCCCUGACUGCAAUAAGGGCUUCAGGCGAAACUCUGACCUCAUCAAACACCGGCGAAUCCACACUGGGGAAAAGCCCCACGAGUGUGAGGAGUGUGGGAAGAGUUUCAGGCAUCGCUCCCACCUGAUCUGCCACCAGAGGACCCACACUGGGGAGAGGCCCUACAGGUGUGAGCAAUGUGGAAAGAGCUUCAUUGAGCGCUCCACACUGAUCCACCACCAGAACAUCCACACUGGGGAAAGGCCAUACGAGUGUGGGAACUGUGGGAAGGGCUUCAGGUACCAUUCCAACCUAAUCCGCCACCAAAGGAUCCACACUGGGGAGAGGCCCUAUGAGUGUUCUAAGUGUGGGAAGAGGUUUCCUACCAGCUCUUUACUCAUCCAGCACUACCAGACACACACGGAGGAGAGGCCCUAUGAGUGUCCUAACUGCGGGAAGGGCUUCAGGCGAAACUCUGAACUCACCAAACACCAGCGCAUCCACACCGGGGAGAGACCCUACGAGUGUGAGGAGUGUGGGAAGAGCUUCACCUGCAGCUCCCACCUGAACAGACACCAGAGAACCCACACUGGGGAGAGACCCCAUGAAUGUGGGGAGUGUGGGAAGAGCUUCAGCCAGAGCUCACACCUGAUCCACCACCAGCAGAUCCACGGAAAACGGCCCUAUGAGUCGGGGGAGUGUGGGCAGUGCUCCAAGCACCGUGCCAACCUGAUCUGCCACCAAAGGAUCCACACUGGGCAGAGGCCCUCAGGGUGUUCUAAGUGUGGGAAGAGGUUUCCCACCAGCUUCUCUCUCCUGCACCAUUGCAUGCACACAGAGGAGAGGCCCUUCCUCUGCCCCGACUACAGGAAGGGCUUCAGGAAAAACUCCAACCUCAUCAAACACCGGCGCCUCCACACCGGGUACGGCCCUGUCUUGGGGUGACUUUAUGAUGCUUGUAUCCCCAGCUGUCUGUUCUGUUCAUGUUGAAUAUUGAGUUCUGCAGGUUUAAGACUGGUUGCAGGAGUGAAUGGGGAAAGAAGAGGUGCACAGUUUGUUGUCAGAGACUGCGUUUGCUCCCCCACAUCCUGCACACAGACGGUGCUGUCUGCACUGGGCAGCAGGAGAGAGCUCUCCUUUGCUCUUGGUUAGUUCCUGGCUAGCUGAGGCACAGAAGCUCCCUGGAUUGUGGUUUUUUCCUUUGUUCUUGCUCUGAACUGUUCCACUCUGGACUGAAAAGCCAGAGGAGCAGCGGGAACUCACAGCCAGAGCCCACUGGAACCUGGCCUGGGCCGCGGCAUUUCCCAGCGCCAGAGGGACUGAGAACAGCCUGGGUGAGCUGGGCUGCGACCCACGGAAGGGACUCUUCUGAAUUUGUCAUCUCCUCAGAGCAGCGAGAGGUUUUGCAGUGUAGGAUUAUUCAUUUUGUCCUAGGUAGGCAUUUCCCUGUUAAAUAAACAUGGUUUUUUCCA